UUUCGAUAACAACCAAUUUUGUUAUUGUCUGCGCUUUGUGCUCUUCGCUUACAACGCAAUUUAGGUUUUUAAUCUGGCGUGAACAAAAAGAUUUAUAGUGCCUACACAUUAGUCAUAGACAUAAGGAUAUUGCAAUAAAUUAGUUCAGAAUGUUCUCUCGCAAGAAACCCGAGCCACCAAAGCGUCGUCAACACGAUUUGUCCCAGUUUGGUUUAACGGAAAUACCAGAUGACUUUGAUCCCAGCGCUGGCUACGGUGACGACGACGAUGCGGGUGACAGUGAUUUGGAAGCCGAACUAGCAGCAAUUGCGGGUGGUGGCGGACCAAAACCCAAAGCAAAGCCAAAGGCAAAACUAAUGCCGAACAGUGAUUUGGACAAAAUGAUUGCAGACAGCAUGCGUGAUGUCAGCGACGAUGAUGACGACGAUGCCCUUGAGAACGAUACUGAUUUGCUGGGCGAAUUGCAGGGCAUCACGGGAGGCGAACUGGAAGAGCAGGAGGAGGAACAAGCAGCUCCUAUUGCCCCUGCUGCAGACCCAGAGCCAGUGCAAACCUUUCUGCCCACCACCACAGUAGACACAUUGAGUAUCAUCAAACAGCGUUUGGACAUGUACAAGCAGGCCGAAGCUAAUGCCAAAGCAGCGGGUGAAGCAGCCAAGGCGCGACGAUAUGCGAGAGGACUGAAGACGUUGCAGGAUCUGGCAAAGCAAUCGGCUGCUGGUAAGCCCAUCAAUGUGGACGACAUUCCGCCCGAGGUUAGUGUGAAGCCGGCAGGAGGCGAUGUUCCAGCAGCACCAGCUGCAGCAGAAGCUGAUCCAGAGCCGCCGAAACCAAUUCGUGCUGCUCCAGCGCCGCCCACGCCAAGCUCUCCUUCUCCUCCAGCAGCAGCAGCUCCUGCCACGCCCACACAGCCAGCAAAUCCUUUGGUGGCAGAGUUGCGUCAACGCCAAAGCGAGUACAAAGCAGCUGCAGUACAAUCCAAGCGGAGUGGCGACACAGAAACAGCUCUACAGUUUCUGCGCGUCGUCAAGCAGUUCGAUGUGGUUGUCAAGAUGUGCGAGGAUGGCCAGGAGGUUGAUCUCAGCGAUAUGCCGCCACCACCAGCUGAAUUUUUAGCCUUCAUGGCCAAGUUGCAAGGUGGUGAAGCUCCUGCUCCUGCUGCUGCCCCAGCUCCAAUUCCAACUCCAGCACCAGCUCUGCCAUCAGCGGUUGCAGCCCCCUCGACGAUGCCAUCGUCCAUGCUGGAAGCACUGCAGCAGCGUCUCGAUAAAUACAAGUCCGUGGAAGAAGCCGCCAAGGCGGAGAACAACACGAGCAAAGCGCGUCGCUUUGGACGUAUUGUAAAGCAGUAUGAAGAUGCGAUCAAGCAGCACAAGGCUGGGCGUCCCGUGGCCUACGAUGAGUUGCCCACACCACCUGGUUUUCCAGCGCUACCCACAGCUGAUGCGCCAGCUAAGCCGCCGCCAGCAGCGACGCCACCCAUGUCACCCACAUCACCACCCGCCACGGCCAGCACUUCAGCUGGCGGCACUCCCAGUAGCUCGACCACAGCGACACCAACAACAGAACGCCGAGCACCGGCGCCAUCGCCCUCCAAGGAUUUGACGACACGCACCUCGGGCAAUCAGCACAAGAACAAUCUGGCCGAGCAGCAAAUGAAGCUGCUGCUGGAGCGGCAAAGGGAGUUCAAAUUGGCCGCCAUAGCAGCUAAGAAAGCGGGUGAAAUUGAUCAAGCCAAGGAAUACUUGAAGAUCUACAAAGGUUUUGAGUCGCUGCUGAAUGCGGCAAGCAGCGGGUUGCCCGUUGAUCUGAAUACACUGCCUGUGCCGCCUUCGCAGCGCGAUAAUCUGGAGUCAUCGUUCGCCAUAGUGGCAGCCGAGGAAUGUGAUCCGGGCGAUGACAUUUGUGAGAUUGGUGUGCGCAUCGAGGAGCAACUGGCCAAGCAGCUUAUGAUGUGCAAGAAUACGAGGGAUCACCACAAGGCCAUGGGCGAUGUGGCAGGAAUGAAUCGCUUCGAGAAUCUCGCUCUGACAGUGCAAAAGGAUUUGGAUUUGGUGCGUUACUCGAAGCGCAAGAAUCAAACACUGCCCAAAUUCCACUACGAGAAGCGUUCCUUUAACAUUGUGCACUGCAACACGGAUCUGACGGACAAUGAACUCGAAAUUGUUGUGGUGCGUGGUCUAAACUAUAAUGUGGCAAAUCCCAAGGAUGUGGACACCUAUGUGCGCAUUGAAUAUCCUCUGUUGAAUGAUGAGUUCUUCAGAGCUAAAACGAAUGUGAUCAAAGACACAGAUAGUCCGGACUACGAUGAACGCUUCAAGGUUGAUAUCCAGCGGGGCAAUCGACAGUUUAAUCGCAUCAUCAAACGUCAUGGCGUUAAAUUCGAGAUCUAUUCACGAGGCUGCAGUAUUGAUUGUUGUGGACUAAGUCGUAAACUGCCCGUAUGUUGUUUCAGAGGAUUCUUGAGAUCCGACACUCUGAUUGGCAGCGUAAAUGUGAAGCUGGCGCCGCUGGAGACCAAGUGCGACAUACACGACACUUAUGAUCUGAUGGAGGGCAGGAAGCAGGUAGGAGGCAAGCUGGAGAUUAAGGUGCGUGUGCGGAAUCCCAUACUGACCAAGCAGAUCGAGCACAUCAACGAGAAGUGGCUGGUGCUGGAUGCCGAAGGCUAAACUGACAACUUUUAAUCCUGGCUUUGCUUUAACUAUUACUCAACACACACACA